AGCAUGUCCACUUCUAGUUUCGUCAAGAAGUUAGCCUCCAAUGACCGUCCCACUAGAGAUGCGGCUUUGGAGGCUCUCAGAAAAUUUUUGUCUUCCAAAUCUACCAAGUCUAUGAGCUUAUUGGAUAUGGAGAAGUUAUGGAAGGGUCUUUACUUCUCCAUGUGGUUCUGUGAUAGACCCAAGGCCCAGGAAAGACUUGCAGAAAACUUGGGUUCAUUAUACUCUCAAGUAAUUUUGAAAGACGAUUUUGCCAAGUUUGUUGAAGCUUUCUGGUCUAUUAUGAUUAAAGAAUGGCCCUCAAUAGACCAAUGGAGAAUCGACAAAUACUACUUAUUGAUCAGAAGAGUAGUUAGACAUAACUUUCAGUUUAUGCAGAGCACAGAAUGGGAUAGUGAAAUAUUGCAGAAAUGGCUCGACGUCAUGAACAGAACCGUUUUAAGUGGAGACAAGUCUGUUCCUGUAGCUUUACCAUACCAUUUGUGUGAUAUCUGGGUGGAAGAGUUGGAAAGAGUUCUCUUUGAAGACUUGAAGGAUUUACAACUGGAAUUGGACGAGUUGAGUAAAGAAGAUGAAGACUAUAUUACCAAGUACCUGGAGUUAUUGAAACGUAAAGUUGAAAUUGCCCUGGAAGCGCCUAUAACGGAGCUCAUCUCACCGUUUACUAGAUUAAACAAAGAAGCAUUGUUGAAGACUUUGAGAGAAAAGUGCAAAGAAGACGUUUUGGAUGACGAGAGAUUAAAGGACUGGGGAUCUGUGGAAGGAGAUGAAGAAGAAGAGGAGGAGGAGGAUGACGACGACGAAGAUGCCAGUGAAGAGGAAUGGACAGGAUUUUGAGAAUUCUAUCAAACUAGAAUUUAACUAGAAAAAGGGAAACACCUCUCAAGCCUCACAAUCAUAUAUCGGGAUAUUUUCCCAGCAUAGCAUUACUACACAGAAGUAGAUUCAUAGAAUUAAUGUAUAAUUAGGAAUAAUAGAACUG